AUGAGAUCACUUCAUCACUGCAUAUGGUUUCUGUUUCACCCAGCUUCAUCUUUCUGUCAUGGAUGGACAGCUGAGUGGAUAAAAUUGAAGCCUAAACAGAAUAUCGAGCCAGCACGAUCAGGACAUGUAGGGUUUACCAUAAAGGAUGAGGUGUAUGUGUUUGGAGGAUACGCAGAAGUGGCUCGAAAUGAUGGAGAAGUUGUACGAUACCCCACAAACGACCUGUGGAAAUUUGACCCAGCUGAAACGACAUGGAACCUUGUGGAAGAUGCUGACUUGCACGUUGAUGACUGCGACGAGUGCAACGAAAGCACUGUGGCCCCUCAACAACGUUUGGCGGCAGCAGCAGCAACUCUAGAUGAUUCAGCCUUUAUUUUUGGUGGUUGGGACCCACAAACACCAGGCACAGGAGGUGUUAUACUCGAUUCUAUUACCGAGUACAGUGCUUCCAAGGGUGGUUGGAUGGGCCCAACUCUUGCCAGUACUUCACUCGAGGAAACUACUAGUCGUCACGUAGCCGUGUCGAUUUCAGAUGACUCUAUUCUUUUACAUAAUCAUCGAUGCACGGAUCAUGUACUACUCUUUCAAAAGGGAUCGAAAGCAAACGAUUAUUUAUUACAUCGGCAGGCCACAAAAGGAACUGGUCCGUCUCCAAGAGGUCUCCAUGCAGCGUGCAAACUAGGCGACGACAAUAUCGUUGUCUUUGCUGGAGCAGCACAUGAUCAAACCAUGUCUAAUGAAGUCUUUGUAUUGAACCUCAACUCGUGGACUUGGAAGAAACUUGAUUCAGUUGCAUCUUCUACACCAGUGUCUCGGGCAUCUCCUUGUAUAUGCGCUUUGGACGAUGCAACCUGUAUCGUGUUUGGAGGAGCUACACCGUCGGCAACAAUGGGGCUGGAAGGUUUGAACGAUUUAUGGUUGAUGAAGACUGAUGCCGACAAAGGAAGCGUGAGCUGGUCAAAACUUGAUGUUUCAGAGAGUGCUACAAUUCCUCCCGGGAGAAACGCAGCCACAUUGAUGCCGGUGGACCUUCCGGAAGUUGAAAAUGGCCAAUGCUUCUUGCUUUCAGGAGGAUGGGCUCCGUUUGUCAAAACGCACAACGAUUCGUUCGUGUUGAAAGUGAGUCCAGACUCAUAG